AAAUAUUUUUAAUAAAUGGCUAAGUUUACAAACAAACCCAAGGGUCGUACAAGCAAGAGAUUGGCAUUGAAUAAGAAAUACAAAAUAGAGAAGAAGGUUAAAUAGCAUCACAAAAAGCUCAAAAAGGAAGCCAGAAAGAUGAGUGCCUUGGGAUAAAUAAAGAAAAGUAUCUUCAAUCUUAAUAGCAUUGUAGCAUCGUCCAAAGAGAUAGGAAUCCCCAAUAUGUAUCCAUUUAAGAAGAAUGUUAUUGAGACCCUGAAACGAAAGAAGGAUUAGGAGGAGCAGGAGAAAAAAAUACAAAAAUUAUAAUAAAAAGAGGAACUCGAUCUUAAUUUGGCAGAAGUCAAAUCAAACUUGUAUGAGACAAAGGCUUAAGUGGUUGAAGAGGAGUAGGUGCAAUAAGAGAAUUUGACUCAAUUAACCAAAGAGCACAAGAAAUAUAUUACCUAAGUGAAGAAGGUAGCAGAGGUAAUUGAAUCAUUCUAAAUAUUAAGGCUGCUGAUAUAUUGUUGAUAAUCUUGGAUGCCAGAGAUCCAUUGGCAUGUAGAUGCAAGCAUUUGGAGAGAGAAAUCCUCGGUAUGCCAGGAGAUAAAAAGAUUAUAUUGGUGUUGAACAAGAUCGACUUAGUUCCUCCUGGUAAUGCAGAUGCAUGGUUGGCUCACUUGAGAAGGGAAUUUGCUACUGUUCUCUUCAAAGCUAAUACCUAACAAUAAUAAUCCAACUUAUCUUCAGCCUCCAUCUACAAGAAAACCCUAUCCCAAAGAUAGGAUUUGGCUGACGAUUUGACUUCAUCCUCCAAAGCCAUAGGAGCUGACAAGUUGUUGGAAUUAAUUAAAAACUACUCAAAAAAUGAUGGAGUUAAAAGUAGUGUGACUGUUGGUGUUAUUGGAUAUCCCAAUGUUGGAAAGAGUUCAGUCAUUAACAGUCUCAAGAGAAGUAAGGCUUGUGCUGUCUCUUCAACUCCAGGAUUCACCAAGGGUCUUUAGGAAGUGGUUAUUGACAGUUAGGUGAAGAUCAUUGAUUGUCCAGGAGUAGUCUUUGAUUCUGAGAAUAAGGAGAGCACUUUGCUGAGGAAUAUCAUUAAAGUAUAAUCUAUUAGUAUUAUCCAAAGAUUGAACAAAUUGAGGAUCCAAGAGAACCAAUUGGAGAGAUUUUGAAAAAGGUCUCUAAAAAUGAGUUACUCUUACUGUACAAAAUUCAAACAUUCAACAAUGUGAAUGAGUUCUUGUGUUAGGUGGCUUUGUCAAGAGGGAAGUUGCAGAAAGGGGGCAUUCCCGAUUUAGAAUGUGCAGCUAGAAUUGUGUUAUAGGAUUGGAACCAAGGAAAGAUUAAAUAUUUUACUGUUCCACCUAAUUAAAUUGAAUAAGAAUGAC